CAGGAUGUCUGAUGACGAGUGGGAAACGGAUCCUGAUUUCGUCAACAAUCAAUCUGAGGAGGAACAAAGAUGGGGCAAGUCAAGAGAUGGCGUGCAAAAGGUGGACAUGAAUUCCCUCAAGGAAGACGUGAUGAAUGCCGAGAAAGAAAAGGCGAAGGCUAAGAGCGGAUUUCAACGUGGCUACGGAGGCGAAUAUGGACUGGAGUCCUCUGGCGAUCAGACCACGGCAGCAAAGCCAGGAAAGAAAGUUUGGCAACCGAAGAACAGCUUCGACGACAAGAUGGCCUCGCAGCUCGACAAGACGAACAAGUCGCUCGGGGAACCCAACGACACUUCGUCGGCUCCAGCUCAUCCUUUGGCAUCGAGCACCCAGCAUGUACAAACCACCUCCAGUCCGAACGAGCCCGCAAAGGCUGAAUCUCCUCCCCCGCCCGCAAAAGCUGCUUCUCCCCCACCCCCCUCGAGCAGGCCGACUCCCCCACUCCCCAGCAAGGAGCAAACCAAGGCGGCGGCUCCCCCAGAGCCCAGCACCCCCCCUCCUGCAGUGGCCCCCAAGCCUCCUGCGAAGACUCCUCCCCCCAAACCUCCAGGUCCUCCUCCUUCUCAGGCUCCAGCGAGCCCAGGAAAGCCUAUCUCCCAGGAUGAGAAGACAGUCGAGGAGGGGAACCGGUUUUCUGCAGACCUGCGCGCGAAGGGUCUGGAGGCGAUCUCCACUGCAGACUCAAACUUGACCAGGAGAGAUGGUGAAGCUUUCGGGGCAUAUCACUCUUACGGUCAGGAGAAGGUCGAGGCAUUCACGGAGUACAUCAACUACACGCUGCAGUCAGAUGCAGACCUUUCAGGUGUGCUCCCGAUCGAUCCGGUCUCAGGAGAUCUCUUCAAGGUGAUUGCCGACGGCGUCCUGUUGUGCAAGCUCCUCAACAAGACUCAGCCUGGGAUUGUUUUCGAGAAGGCCAUCAACCUCAAGAUCAAGUCAGUGCACCACAAGGUGGAGAAUCAGAACUUGGCGAUCAACUCAGCCAGAGCGAUCGGUUGCAACGUCAUCAACAUCGGAGCACAAGACCUGAUCGACGGCCGACCGCACCUUGUCCUUGGGCUCCUUUGGCAGAUCAUCAAGAUUCUCCUCUUGAAACGAGUCUCCCUCAAGGAGCAUCCUGAACUCGUCCUCCUCCUCAAGCCUGGCGAGGACCUGGCGACGCUGCUGAAGCUGCCCAAGGAAGAGCUGCUGGUGCGAUGGGUCAACUUUCACCUGGUGAAUGCGGGGUGCGAGAAGAGACUUUCCAACUUCAGCAGCGACGUGAAGGACUCUACCAUCUACAUCUACCUCAUGUCUCGCAUCUGCCCCGAGCACUGUGACCUCAGCCCACUCCAGGAAAAGGACGAGAGAAGAAGAGCGCAGAAAGUGUUGGAUAACGCGGCCAAGAUCGGGUGUAAGACAACCUUUGUGAAGGCAAACGACAUCGUUGCUGGCAACAAGGACCUCAACUUUGCUUUCACCGCCCUCCUCUUCAACGAACAUCCUGCGCUCUAUGUGGACGACACGAGCAACCAAGUGGAGGUCGCAACGCUGUUGGAGGACGAUAACGCAGAGUGCACGAGGGAGGAGCGCGUGUUUCAGAACUGGAUGAACAGCCUGGGAAUCGACGCGCAAGUGCACAGGCUGCUGGAGGACUGCAAGACGGCAGAGCCGCUGCUACAGGUGAUGGAGAAGCUUAACCCGACGGUGGUCAACUGGAAGAUGGUCAACAAGAACCCGCGCGUGCAGAUCAAGACGAUCGAGAAUUGCAACUACAUGGUGGAAUGCGCCAAGGCCCUCGGCCUUCACACGGUCAACAUAGGGGGUAAGGAUAUUCACGAUGGCAACGCGAAGCUCGUCCUCGGCCUCGUGUGGCAGCUGAUGCGGCAUGACACCAUGUCGCUACUCGAGCGACUGGGAGGAAGCUCGAAGCUCUCCGACUCUGACCUGGUCCAAUGGGCCAACGACAGAGUGCAAGCUCACUUCAACAGCUCCUCGCGCAAGGUAUCAAGCUUGAGCGACCCCUCCAUCGCUACCUCGCUCUUCCUCCUCCAACUCUGCGAGUCAGUAACUCCAGGACUUGUCGACUGGGACAUCGUCACCGAAGGAUCGACAGACGAGGAUCGCGAGCACAACGCUAAGUACGUUCUUAGUGUAGCGAGGAAGAUGGGGUGCGGGAUCUUUCUCCUGUGGGAGGACGUCGUCGAGGUGAAGCCCAAGAUGCUCAUGACUUUCCUCGGGUCUGUCAUGGCAGUCCAGCGUCAGAAAGCUGCGCCAUCAUGAGAGCACGGCCGGGCGUUGUACUAAGCUUAAGAGUGUUGAAGUUAAAACUUGAAUCACGAC